GUGCAUUAUAGGCUGGUGAUCGACCUUACCACAUUCGUCAUACGAGCAAUUUAGUGCGACACCAUCCACUUUACCUGCCAUAUCUCGUCGAUGCGGGCUUGUCUAGUGUUCUGCCACUAGCCCCUCUUACCGGUGAUCCGGGUUUGAUUAUUGCGCUCGUAGAGCAUUAGCGACCCGAGACAUCGACCUUCCACAUGCCGUUCGGUGAGGUGACGAUCACCCUAGAGGACGUUGCGACACUGACCGGUCUAGCGAUCGACGGUGAUGUCGUCGUAGUAGACAUACCAGACGAGGACUGGUCGGCUAUGUGUCUUCGACUGUUAGGACGGGCUCCUAAUGAUCUUGGCGGCGGCGUCAUUAGGAUUGCUUGGCUCAGGGAUACUUUCGAUGAGCUAUCGCUUUCUGCAUCACCCCAUACUACAGAGCAGUUUGCACAAGCGUAUGCGCUGUCUCUGAUGGGAGGUGUCUUGUUCUCCGAUCGCUCUAGAGGUUCAGUUCACCUGCAGUACCUACUUUUGGUGGAGGAUUGGCGCAGAGCGGGAGGUUUUCUUGGGGAGCAGCUGUGUUAUCCUACUUGUAUCGUGAGAUGUGUAGAUCGGCGCUGCAGAUGACGGCAUCUUCUUCAUUGGGUGGUGACUUUGGUGGAUGGUCCGCCUUGCUGAUGAUCUGGAUGUGGGAGCGGCUUCCUCAUAUAGCACCACUACAUGCAGAGAUGGGUGCGUAGGGAUGGCAACAAAACCCGAACCCACGGGUACCCAUCCGACCCAACCCAGUCAACGCGGGUAAAACCCGUGUUGACGGGUUUUGGGCCGGGUUCGGGUUUAAACCCGCUACACUAUUCACCGGGUUGGGUUGGGUUUGGGUUUAGGUAAACUCGCCCCAUGGGUACCCGCCCACACACAUAUAAUUACUUUCCCAGUAUAUUUAAUAUUCUAAAUAAUAUAUCUUCCUUAAACAACUAAUAUUCUUUAUGUUUGUGGAGACAUGCAUAAUUUGUUCUUUCUAAUUGUUUAGAAUGGAGUUGAUAUUAUGAAGUGAAGAAUGAAGAAACUUAGUUGAC